AUGAAGAGAGAGUUGGCUGAAGUGAACUGGACAGUUAGGUUCAAAGCAGAACCUCCUUUCCAGGCCUAUCAAUGUAAUUGGUACCAACAUGGACGACGACAACUGGAUCCCACUCCCAAGUUCCUCUCCGGCCCUGAGGAGACGUCCUUAACCCUGGCACCGGGGCUGGUUCCCGACUUGAGGAAUACAAAACAACCGAACUGCGCAUGUGUGGCCAAUUCCCAGCGGGCACAUGUGCCUGAAGUUCAUUCCCAACUAAGAACCAAAGAAGGAGCGACACCAGGAGUGACACCAGGAGCAGCACCAGGACCGACACUGGGAGCAACACCAGGACCGACACCGGGAGCGACACCGGGAGGGGAUCCAGGAGUGAAGCCGGGAGCAGCACGGGGAGCAGCACCGGAUGUGACACCUGGAGCGGCACCGGGAGUGAAGCCGGGAGCGGAUCCGGGAGCGGAUCCGGGGAGCAGCACCGGAUGCGACACCGGAAGCAGCACCAGGACAAACAUCGGGAGCAGCACCAACACCGACACCGGGACUAGCACCAGGACCGAUACCGGGAGCAGCACCAGGACCGAUACCGUGAGCAGCACCAGGAGUGACACUGGGAGCAGCACCGGGAGCAGCACCGGGAUCAGCACUGGGAGCAGCACCAGGAGGGACACCGGGAGUGAAACCGGGAGCAGCACAGGGAGCAGCACAGGGAGCGACACCGGGAGCGACACAGGGAGCGACACCGGGAGCAGCACCCGGAGCAGCACCCGGAGCAGCACCCGGAGCAGCACCGGGAGUGACACCGGGAGCAGCACCAGCAGUGACAGUGGGAGUGACACCGGGAGAAGCAUCGGGAGUGACACCAGGACGAACACCAGGAGCAGCACCGGGACCGACACCGGGAGCAGCACCGGGACCGACACCGGGAGCAGCACCGGGUCCGACACCGGGAGCAGCACCGGGUCCGACACCGGGAGCAGCACCGGGUCCGACACCGGGAGCAGCACCGGGUCCGACACAGGGAGCAGCACCGGGUCCGACACAGGGAGCAGCACCGGGUCCGACACAGGGAGCAGCACCGGGUCCGACACAGGGAGCAGCACCGGGUCCGACACGGAGCAGCACCGGGAGCGACACCGGGAGCAGCACCGGGAGCGACACCGGGAGCAACACCGGGAGCGGCACCGGGAGCAGCACCGGGAGCAGCACCGGGAGCAGCACCGGGAGCAGCACCGGGAGCAGCACCGGGAGCGACACCGGGAGCGACACCGGGAGCAGCACCGGGAGCGACACCGGGACACCGGGACCGACACCGGGAGCAGCACCGGGAGCGACACCGGGAUCAGCACCAGGAUCAGCACCGGGAGCGACACCGAGAGCAGCACAGGGAGUGACACCGGGACCAAAACCGGGAGGGGCACCGGGACCGACCCCGGGAGGGGCACCGGGAGCAGCACCGGGAGGGACACCGGGAGCAGCACCGGGAGGGACACCGGGAGCAGCACCGGGAGGGACACCGGGAGCAGCACCGGGAGCAGCACCGGGAGGGACACCGGGAGCAGCACCGGGAGGGACACCGGGAGGGACACCGGGAGGGACACCGGGAGCAGAACCGGGAGCAGCACCGGGAGCAGCACCGGGAGCAGCACCGGGAGGGACACCGGGAGCAGCACCGGGAGGGACACCGGGAGCAGCGCCGGGAGGGACACCGGGAGCAGCGCCGGGAGGGACACCGGGAGCAGCGCCGGGAGGGACACCGGGAGCAGCGCCGGGAGGGACACAUGGAACGACACCGGGAGUGACACCGGGAUAAGCACCAGGAGUGUCUCCUGGAGCAGCACCGUGUGUGACAAUGGGAGGGACACCAGGUGUGACACCGUGGGCAGCACCGGCAGCAGCACCGGGUGUGACACUGGGAGCGACACCGGGAGUGACACCGGGAGCAGCACCGGGAUCAGCACCAGGAGCGACACCGGGAGCGACACCAGGACCGGCACCGGGAGCAGGACCGGGACCGGCACCGGGAGCAGGACCGGGAGCAGGACCGGGAGCAGGACCGGGAGUGACACCGGAUCUGCACUGGGAGUGACACUGGGAGCAGCACCGGGUGUGACACCAGGAGCAACACCAGGAGUGACACCAGGAGCAGCACCAGGACUGACACUGGGAGCAACACCAGGACCGACACCGGGAGCAACACCAGGACCGACACCGGGAGCAACACCAGGACCGACACCGGGAGCGACACCGGGAGCAGCACCAGGACCGACACCGGGACUAGCACCAGGACCGACACCGAGAACAGACCAGGACCGACACCGGGAGCAGCACCGGGAGGGCACCGGGACCGACACCGGGAGGGGCACCGGGACCGACACCGGGAGGGGCACCGGGACCGACACCGGGAGGGGCAACGGGACCGACACCGGGAGGGGCAACGGGACCGGCACCGGGAGGGGCAACGGGACCGGCACCGGGAGGGGCACCGGGACCGGCACCGGGAGGGGCACCGGGACCGGCACUGGGACCGGCACCGGGAGGGGCACCGGGAGGGACAUCGGGAGCAGCACCGUGAGUGACACCGGGAGCAUCACAGGGAGGAGCACCGGGUGUGACAACGGGAGUGACACAUGGAGCGACACCGAGAGCGAUACCAGGAGUGAUAACGGGAGUGACACCGGGAUAAACACCAGGAGUGUCUCCGGGAGCAGCACCGUGUGUGACACUGAGAGGGACACCAGCAGUGACAGUGGGAGUGACAUCGGGAGCGACACCAGGAUGGACACCGGGAGCUGCACCGGGUCCGACACCGGGAGCUGCAUCGGGUCCGACACCGGGAGCUGCACCGGGUCCGACACCGGGAGCUGCACCGGGUCCGACACCGGGAGCUGCACCGGGUCCGACACCGGGAGCUGCACCGGGUCCGACACCGGGAGCUGCACCGGGACGGACACCGGGAGCAGCACCGGGACGGACACCGGGAGCAGCCCUAGGAGUGACACUGGGAGGGACACUGGGAGCAGCACCGUGAGUGACACCGGGAGCAGCACCGGGUGUGACACCGGGAGUGACACAUGGAAUGACACCGGGAGUGACACCGGGAUAAGCACCAGGAGUGUCUCCUGGAGCAGCACCGUGUGUGACAAUGGGAGGGACACCGGGUGUGACACCGUGGGCAGCACCGGGAGCAGCAUCGGGUGCGACACCGGGAGCGACACCGGGAGCAGCACCGGGAGCAGCACCGGGAGCAGCACCGGGAGCAGCACCGGGAGCAGCACCAGGAGCAGCACCCCGAGGGAUACUGGGAGCAGCACCGGCAGUGACAUCGGGAGCAGCACCGGGAUCAGCACUAGGAGCGACACCGGGAUCAGCACCGGGACCGGCACCGGGAGCAGCACCGGGUCCGACACGGAGCAGCACCGGGAGCGACACCGGGAGCAGCACCGGGAGCGACACCGGGAGCAGCACCGGGAGCGACACCGGGAGCAGCACCGGGAGCGACACCGGGAGCAGCACCGGGAGCAGCACCGGGAGCGACACCGGGAGCAGCACCGGGAGCAGCACCGGGAGGAGCGACACCGGGAGCAGCACCGGGACCGACACCGGGAGGGGCACCGGGACCGACACCGGGAGGGGCACCGGGACCGACACCGGGAGGGGCACCGGGACCGACCCCGGGAGGGGCACCGGGACCGACCCCGGGAGGGGCACCGGGACCGACCCCGGGAGGGGCACCGGGAGGGACACCGGGAGCAGCACCGGGAGGGACACCGGGAGCAGCACCGGGAGCAGCACCGGGAGCAGCACCGGGAGGGACACCGGGAGCAGCACCGGGAGGGACACCGGGAGCAGCACCGGGAGGGACACCGGGACAGCACCGGGAGGGACACCGGGAGCAGCACCGGGAGCAGCACCGGGAGCAGCACCGGGAGCAGCACCGGGAGCAGCACUGGGAGAGACACCGGGAGCAGCCCUAGGAGUGACACUGGGAGGGACACUGGGAGGGACACUGGGAGCAGCACCGUGAGUGACACCGGGAGCAGCACCGGGUGUGACACCGGGAGUGACACAUGGAACGACACCGGGAGUGACACCGUGAUAAGCACCAGGAGUAUCUCCUGGAGCAGCACCGUGUGUGACAAUGGGAGGGACACCGGGUGUGACACAGUGGGCAGCACCGGCAGCAGCAUCGGGUGCGGCACUGGGAGCGACACCGGGAGCGACACCGAGAGCAGCACCGGGAGCAGCACCGGGAGGUAUACUGGGAGCAGCACCAGGAGCAGCACCCCGAGGGAUACUGGGAGCAGCACCGGCAGUGACAUCGGGAGCAUCACCGGGAUCAGCACUAGGAGCAACACCGGGAUCAGCACCGGGACCGGCACCGGGAGCAGCACCGGGUGUGACACUGGGAGUGACACCGGGAGUGACACCGCGAGCAGCACCAGGAGUGACACCGGGAGCAGCACCAGGAGCGACACCCCGAGGGAUACUGGGAGCAGCACCGGCAGUGACAUCGGGAGCAGCACCGGGAUCAGCACUAGGAGCAACACCGGGAUCAGCACCGGGACCGACACCGGGACCGGCACCGGGAGCAGCACCGGGUGUGACACUGGGAGCGACACCGGGAGUGACACUGGGAGCGACACCGGGAGUGACACCGGGAGCAGCACCAGGAGCAACCCCGGGAGCAACCCCGGGAGCGACACCGGGAGCAGCACCAGGAGCGACACCGGGAGCAGCACCAGGAGUGACACCGGGUUCAGCACCGGCAGGGAUACUGGGAGCAGCACCGGGAGUGACACCGGGAGCAGCCCUAGGAGUGACACUGGGAGAGACACUGGGAGCAGCACCGUGAGUGACACCGGGAGCAGCACCGGGUGUGACACCGGGAGUGACACAUGGAACGACACCGGGAGUGACACCGGGAUAAGCACCAGGAGUGUCUCCUGGAGCAGCACCGUGUGUGACAAUGGGAGGGACACCGGGUGUGACACCGUGGGCAGCACCGGCAGCAGCAUCGGGUGCGGCACCGGGAGCGACACCGGGAGCAGCACCGGGAGGUAUACUGGAAGCAGCACCAGGAGCAGCACCCCGAGGGAUACUGGGAGCAGCACCGGCAGUGACAUCGGGAGCAGCACCGGGAUCAGCACUAGGAGCAACACCAGGAUCAGCACCGGGACCGACACCGGGACCGGCACCAGGAGCAGCACCGGGUGUGACACUGGGAGCGACACUGGGAGCGACACCGGGAGUGACACCGGGAGCAGCACCAGGAGCGACACCGGGAGCAGCACCAGGAGCGACACCGGGAGCGACACCGGGAGCGACACCGGGAGCAGCACCGGGAGUGACACCGGGAGCAACACCAGGAGUGACACCGGGAGCAGCACCAGGACUGACACCGGGAGCGACACCAAGAGUGACACCGGGAGUGACACCGGGAGCAGCACCGGGAGCGACACCAGGAGCGACACCGGGAGGGCCACCGGGAGGGACACCAGGAGUGAAGUCGGGAGCGGAUCCGGGAGCGAAGCCGGGAGCAGCACGGGGAGCGGCACCGGAUGCGACACCGGGAGCGGCACCGGGAGCGACACCGGGAGCGACACCGGGAGUGACACCGGGAGCAGCACCAGGACAAACAUCGGGAGCAGCACCGACACCGGGAGCAGCACCAGGACCGACACCGGGAUUAGCACCAGGACCGAUACCGGGAGCAGCACCGGGACCGAUACCGGGAGCAGCACCGGGACCGAUACCGGGAGCAGCACCGGGACCGAUACCGGGAGCGACACCGGGAUCAGCACCGGGUGCAGCACAGGGAGCGACACCGGGAGCAGCACAGGGAGCGACACCGGGAGCAGCACAGGGAGCGACACCGGGAGCAGCACAGGGAGCGACACCGGGAGCAGCACAGGGAGCGACACCGGGAGCAGCACAGGGAGCGACACCGGGAGCAGCACAGGGAGCGACACCGGGAGCAGCACAGGGAGCGACACCGGGAGCAGCACAGGGAGCGACACCGGGAGCAGCACAGGGAGCGACACCGGGAGCAGCACAGGGAGCGACACCGGGAGCAGCACAGGGAGCGACACCGGGAGCAGCACAGGGAGCGACACCGGGAGCAGCACAGGGAGCGACACCGGGAGCAGCACAGGGAGCGACACCGGGAGCAGCACAGGGAGCGACACCCGGAGCAGCACAGGGAGCGACACCCGGAGCAGCACAGGGAGCGACACCCGGAGCAACACAGGGAGCGACACCAGGAGCAGCACAGGGAGCGACACCGGGAGCAGCAGAGGGAGCGACACCGGGAGCAGCACAGGGAGCGACACCGGGAGCAGCACAGGGAGUGACACCGGGAGCAGCACCAGCAGUGACACCGGGAGCGACACCAGGACCGACACCGGGAGCAGCACCAGGACCGACGAUGGACACCGGGAGCUGCACCGGGUCCGACACCGGGAGCUGCACCGGGUCCGACACCGGGAGCUGCAUCGGGUCCGACACCGGGAGCUGCACCGGGUCCGACACCGGGAGCCGCACCGGGUCCGACACCGGGAGCCGCACCGGGUCCGACACCGGGAGCCGCACCGGGUCCGACACCGGGAGCCGCACCGGGUCCGACACCGGGAGCAGCACAGGGAGCGACACCGGGAGCAGCACAGGGAGCGACACCGAGAGCAGCACAGGGAGCGACACCGGGAGCAGCACAGGGAGCGACACCGGGAGCAGCACAGGGAGCGACACCGGGAGCAGCACAGGGAGCGACACCGGGAGCAGCACAGGGAGCGACACCCGGAGCAGCACAGGGAGCGACACCCGGAGCAGCACAGGGAGCGACACCCGGAGCAACACAGGGAGCGACACCAGGAGCAGCACAGGGAGCGACACCGGGAGCAGCACAGGGAGCGACACCGGGAGCAGCACAGGGAGCGACACCGGGAGCAGCACAGGGAGUGA